ACGGUCACGCUGUUUUGAAAUUCAGCUUUCGUAACCCGCGGCUAUCCGUGCCUUGUUGCGACAGGUAGCGGUCACUUUACGGCCUCCUCGUCAAGGUGAACGGUGAUGUACUCUUAGUGGCGUCCCCUAGCAACCGUAAACACGGCACGUGAAUGUUAAAAGGCUGCAUUCAAGCUAACUGUACACGAUGUACGGUAACACUAACCUCAAGAAGGUUACUGUCCUACAAUAGUCACACUUUCGACCUAGAGCAAGAAAUUAACUUUUAUUUUGUUAGACUAGUCCAUCACAUGAAACUUGGGAAACUAUAAAUAGGAAAUAAUCAAUUAAAGCGUAAUUUCCCCACACUGUAUGUUGUACAUCAUCCUCACAACUUGUGUUUUCUGGGUCAUUCGGGCCGAAUGCUUUCUCUUCCCUCUUUUGAAAGCAACAUUAUUCAAUUCAAAUUAUGUAGUAUAUCUCACAGCUACACAUUUGCCUCAGACAAUCUGUACAUGUACAACAUCCUCUGUCCCGGGACCUCACAUCGGAUCAUGAAAAACUCCCAAAAAACCCUUUAACGAAGAGCAACGGAGGAGCAUCCCUCUCCCCGGAUGGCCAGAAGUACAAUAGAUGUCAUGUGACAUAACAUGAUGAUUUUACUCUGUUGUAAACUAUGAUUUAAGAACCGCCUCAAACGUUGCAUAUGGGCAGCGGCAGCAGGAUGUCUGCACUCCCCGCAAAGCCCGGCCUGCGCCACAGUGUGUCCGAGUCAAACGUCAACAACCAGCAGCUGUCUGCCACGGCCCAACGGGAGCGCUUGGUUUCCAACGUGGUCCGGCAGGAGGGGAGGUCGCUCCGCAGCGAGACCGCCUGUAAGACCACCUGGGAUGAAAGCGACACCUGCCGCCGGCUGAGGGACCGGGCCUGGGAUGUGUCCCGCUGGAAAGAGGAGCUGGAAGCCUGCGCACGGAAAGUGGACGAAGAGAUGGAGGCUCUGACCCUGUCCAAAGAGCAAACCGAGCACGCGCUGGCCGCGACCUCCGUUCCCCUGGAGGUCGGCGCCGAAUGCCUGACGCUGAGGGACGGGCGGCGAGGGUACGAGCUGGCCGCCGACCCCGUGGACGAGCAGCUGAGGCGAGAGGUGGAGCUGAUCGAGAGGACGCAGCAGCUGCUGCAGCGGCACGUCGACGAGGCCUUCGAGCGCCUGUGUGUUUUGCAGGAGGCUCGGCACCAGCUGACCUCUGACCUCCAGAACAAGAUGGACGCCCUGGACAUCGACAUGUCGUGUCUGUCUCUCACUAUUAAGUCACCUCAGAUCUCCCUGAAGACCAACCCAACACGCGUGCCGUCAGGCUCCUCCAGUCCUCAGGAGUGGGUCCAGUUCAGCCAGUACAACGUGGGCCGGGCCCAGGAGGCCGUGCAGGCGUCCCAGCUGCUGAGGGAGGACAUGAGCCUCAGCAGAGCCCAGUUACACAACGAGCUGAACGCUCAGCUCCGUGCCACGGAGUUUGCUCUUCGCAAGCGGACUCACCACGAAGAGCAGGCCCGCGACGAGCUGGCCUGGCAGAUAGGAAACACCGAAGAUGAAAUGUCAGAAAUGGAGAGAGACGUCCGCGGGCUGGACGCAGACCUGCAGGGGAAGAUGGCCUCCCUGAAACUUGCUCACACGCGGCUGGAGAGCAGGACCAACAGACCCGGCAUGGACUUGUGCAGAGACGAGGUGCAGCGCGGCCUCGUGAGUGAAGUCCACCAGCUGGAGGCCACCAUCGUGGCUCUGGACCAGAAGCUGUCUGAAGCUCAGCGCUCCCUGCAGACGAUGAAGCGCCAUCAUUCCCGCAUGCUGCAGGAUCUUUCCAGGAAACAGGAAGCGCUGUCUCUGGAGCAACGGAGCAUGAACACUCGCUCCCGCCUCGCCGCAACCUCCCGCACCGAGGACCCCGCCGCCGCCGCCGCCGCCGUGCUGCUGGUUCCACUCGCCAACUCCAGUGGGCGGAGCAACCUGCAGCUGCUGGCCCAGUGAGACCAGCUGCUCUCCAUUCAUGUCUCUUAAAGUCUUACAUUAAUUAAUUAUCUAUUUAUUUAAACAAAAAGAAAGUAUUCUCCUGACCUGUCUUGACCUUUUGUGUGUUUUAAUUUGCUGUUGUGUUAAUAAUCAAUUAUGUACUUAUUCUGUGUUUAUUUAAAUGCCACACAAUAACUAUAAUGUGGAUUAUAUGCUUGUUUUCCUCCCCGUCUUAAUUAAACAUUUAGUUGUGAAAGAUAUUUCUGGCAUCUGAAUAUAUGUUCACAUGUUCAUGUUUGGGGUGGCUGUAGCUCAGUGGGGUAAGAGGGCCGUCCUGCAACCGCAAGGUUGUGGGUUCGAUCCCCGCUCUCCCCAUUAGUUGCAAGUCGAAGUGUCCUUGAGCAAGGCACUGAACCCCCAGUUGCUUCCCGGGCGCUUCACCGCAGCCCACUGCUCCUUAAUAACUAAGGAUGGGUUAAAUGCAGAGAACUAAUUUCCCCUUGGGGAUUAAUAAAAGUGUUUA